AUGAAAGAAUAUGAAUCAAGAAUCAAUAUGCUUACUUAAGAAAUCAAAAGAUUGAAUGAUAUUAUUGCUAAAUUAUAAGGAGAUAUUUAAUAGAAAGAUGUUACUAUUAAUGAAUUAAGAACUUAAAUUUAAUAAUGGGAAAUGAAAUAUAGAUAAUUAGAAGCUUAAAACUAAUAAUUCUAAUAACAAAUUUAAGAACUUAAUAGAGUUAUUGAAUAAUUAAGAAAACAAUUAUAAGAUGCUAUAACAUCUUUAGAUGAUGAAAGAAGAAAGAGAGCUUAAUUAGAAAAAAUUAAUUAAGAAUACGAAGCUAAAAUCGCUAUGUUGACUAGUGAAAUCGAAAGAUUAAGACAAAUGUUGAAGAAUAAAGAAGAUGAAAUUAAUUAAUGGAGAACCAGAUGCUAAUAAUUAGAAUAGAAAAUCGCUGAAUUAGAAUAAUUACUGAUUCAAUAUAAAUAAUUCGAAAUAAAAAUGAAAGAAUAUGAAUCAAGAAUCAAUAUGCUUACUUAAGAAAUCAAAAGAUUGAAUGAUAUUAUUGCUAAAUUAUAAGGAGACAUAUAAUAGAAAGAUGUUACUAUUAAUGAAUUAAGAACUUAAAUUUAAUAAUGGGAAAUGAAAUAUAGAUAAUUAGAAGCUUAAAACUAAUAAUUCUAAUAACAAAUUUAAGAACUUAAUAGAGUUAUUGAAUAAUUAAGAAAAUAAUUAUAAGAUGCUAUAACAUCUUUAGAUGAUGAGAGAAGAAAGAGAGCUUAAGUAGAAAAAAUUAAUUAAGAUUAUGAAGCUAAAAUUGCUAUGUUAACUAGUGAAAUCGAAAGAUUAAGACAAAUGUUGAAGAACAAAGAUGAUGAAAUUAAUUAAUGGAGAACUAGAUGCUAGUAAUUAGAAUAGAAAAUUGCAGAAUUAGAAUAAUUAAUUAUCUAAUAUAAAUAAUUCGAAAUCAAAAUGAAAGAAUAUGAAUCAAGAAUCAAUAUGCUUACUUAAGAAAUUAAAAGAUUAACUGAUCUUUUGUAAGAUGAAAGAGUAAAGAAUCAAAAAUUAGAAUAAUAAUUAUUAGAAGCAAGAUAAUUAGAAGUUAAAUUGAGAUAAUAUGAAGAAAAAAUAGUCUUAUUAACAUCUGAAGUUGAUCAUCUUAAUAAAAUUAUGGUUGAUAAAAAUAACGAAAUAAAUGCAUUGAAAUAAAAAAUUUCAUAAUUAGAAUAAACUAUUUAUAAAUUGUAAACUGUUGAAUAAAGAUUAGCUGAAUAUGAACAAAGAAUAUAAUAAUUAAUCAAAGAAAUCGAAAGAUUAAAUAAAAUUAUUUAAGAAAAAGACGUUAAUAUUAAUGAAUUAAGAACUUAAAUUUAAUAAUGGGAAAUGAAAUAUAGAUAAUUAGAAGCCUAAAACUAAUAAUUCUAAUCCCAAAUUUAAGAACUUAAUAGAGUUAUUGAAUAAUUAAGAAAAUAAUUAUAAGAUACUAUAACAUCUUUAGAUGAUGAAAGAAGAAAGAGAUCCUAAGGAGAAAAAAGUAAUUAAGAUUAUGAAGCUAAAGUUGCUAUGUUGACUAGUGAAAUUGAAAGAUUAAGACAAAUGUUGAAGAAUAAAGAAGAUGAAAUUAAUUAAUGGAGAACCAGAUGUUAAUAAUUAGAAUAGAAAAUUUCUGAAUUAGAAUAAUCAAUUAUCUAAUAUAAAUAAUUUGAAAUUAAAGUUAAAGAAUAUGAAUCUAGAAUCAAUAUGCUUACUUAAGAAAUUAAGAGAUUAAAUGAUGUUGCUGCUUAAUUAUAAUAAGAAAAUGGAUAAUGGAAAGAAAAAUGCUCUAAAUUAGAAAUCACUAUAAUGAACUUGAGAUAAUUUGAAGAUAAAUGUAAAGAUUAUGAGAAUUAGAUUAGAAUGUUUACUUAAUAAAUAUAAGAAGAACGUUCCAGAUAUUAAAAUUUAGAUGGAUAAUUUUAAAAACUCAAAACUUUAGAAAUUACUAUUAAAUAAUAUGAAGAAAAAAUUAUUAUGUUAAAUUAAGAAGUCGAACGUGUAAAUAAUAUUGUUAAAGCAAAAAAUAAUGAUAUUGAUGGAUUAAGAUAAAAAAUUAGUUAGUAAGAUUAAUCUUUAUAUAAAUUCACUAAUAUUGAAUAAAGAGUUAUUGAAUAUGAAAACAGAUUAUAAAAUGCUCAAAAGGAAAUUGAAAGAUUAACUGGAAUUAACAUGUAAUAAGGUAGAGAAUCAGAUGAAUGGAGAAGUAAAUGUGGAUAAUAUGAAAUAAGUAUUCGUACUUUAGAAGGCUAGAUUUAAGGUUUGAACUAAUAGUUAAUAUAAUUCAAUUAAAAGAUAGAAAUCUUAAUCUAAUAAUUAAAUGAGGAAAAGAGUAGAUCUUCAAAUACUAGUAAAUAAGUAGUUGAUUAUGAAGCUAGAAUCGCUAUGUUAACUAGCGAAAUCGAAAGAUUGAGAAUGAUGUUAAAAAAAAGAGAUGAUGAAAUUGAAUAAUGGAAAAUUAAAGUAAC